CGAUUUUCGUGCAGCGCGUGCACAACGUGGGAACUCGGGCGCCCCGCGCCAUUCGGUUUUGAAAUAACGCGGCAGUAUGAACCGGUUCGCUUUUGUCGGCGUUUUAGAUCACCAGCGUUCAUCGCGACGAGCCGACAGAAAGAAAAAAAAACGUUUUUCAUCGUUUAUCGUUUUCGGAUUUCGCGCAUCUACCGUCGGAGUCGCCCCGCGGUGGUCGUACGGCCGAAUAUCACAGUGUUAAAAAACAUUUUUUUUUUUUUUUUUACGCGGACGCCUGAUGUUUCGUCCGAUGUGUAGCGGAUCUGUUUUCGAUCGCCGCCGUCGCCGUGCCGCAUCCAAACUCCGCGUAGCGAAAAGAAAAGACAGGUGGAUGUAAAGUCGCCCGUAUACUUGGUAACAGUAAUAAUACUAUGUCAUCGACGAACAAUGACUCCGAAGACGACGAUCCCAGGGUACAUUCAUCCGGGAUGUCGUCGUCCGGUCAGCCCAGACGUUACGAACUGUCCAAAUCGGAAUUGCGAAAGGUAAACACAAGUACAAGAUUAUUAUUUCUUCGGACCCGAGUCCCACAUAGUCAAUUUUUUUAUUUUUUCUUUAUAAUUUAUCGUUUUUUUUCUAUUUAUAUUUACGUCCGUACGACACGAGUAGGUACUUUUUUUUGGCACAAAAAAGCACGAGUCAUAAUUAUAACGCAAUAGCAAUUUAGCGAUUAUAUAUUAUGCCGUCAUGUCAUUUAGUAAAUUGAAAGCGAGAAAUGACAAUUAUUGUGAAAGUCUAAUUUGUUUGUACUGAAAACUAUACAAAAUUGACUUGAGUUUUUUUUUUCCUAGAACCUUUAUUAUUAUGUUUUUACACGUAUACGCGUCGAUAUCGAUUCGCACGUGAAGGACAGAAAUAUCGGAUACGUGGAGUGACGAAUCAACAGGUUACACUGACGUCAUAUUUUAAAUUUUUUUUUUAUCGUAUUCUUUACGUUAUUGUUUUGACAGAUUAAUGAAUACCUACUGUUAAUCGAACGUUAAUUGAUACGUAUGAUUUUCGGCAAUUUACGUUGAUAUAAUAUUUCAUUACCUAGUUUAAAAAUUCAAAAACAUUAACGGUUUUAAUUUAUUUAAUUUGUUUAAUGGUACUCGAUAGCCGAUAAACGAUAAUGUAACUACUUAGUUCGUACGAACUAUAACUAUACGUGUGUUUUGAGUAUUCUGCUUAUCAUAGUACUCUGAUAAAAAAUUAAUAUUUUUAAUAAUAUGCAAGACUAUUAUAUUUAUCUCCAGGUGAAAUGAAAAUUUUAAUAAAUUAUUAUUUUUUUCAAAUUGGAACGUAUAAAAAUUGUUCGUAUUAAUUAUUUUAGAAUAAUAAACCGAUUAUGGAGAAAAGAAGAAGAGCCAGGAUCAAUCAGUGUUUGAACGAAUUGAAAACUCUCAUAUUGGACGCGCUGAAAAAAGAUGUAAGAUAGUAUCAUUAAUUUUACAAUAUUAUAAAAUCAAUGAUAGUAUUAUAAUAAUUAUUAACACAAUAAUAAUAUUAUAUUUUUGAGUUCAGCAAUUGAACGGAAACAUAAGAUAACCUUGAUAAAAAUUAUAUUUAUGAUGCAUAUUAAAUAUAUUUUAUAAUUACCUUAAAAAAUAUAAAUUAAUAAUUUUCACGUUCGCUGAAUACAUCUAAAAUACAUUAGAGUAAAAUAAUGAUCGGAAAAUGAUAGGUUUAAAAAAAGAGAAUAUAAAACUAAACGUAUAGUGUUUUAACGUACUUUUUGUCUUAUAACUAUUUUAAUUAGAUAACAGACAAUUAUUUAGGAUAACAACCACAUUUUGUACAUAAACUAUUGUAAAAUUUUGAAUAGUAUUUAUUUAUAAUUUUAGAAUAAAUUUGUGCUGACUAACAGUAAAACUUUAUAGAGAACAGGGAUACAUUAUGUACAACUGUAAUUAAUAUUGACAAAUUGACAUAUUAAUGUAUCGGCACAGCCAUCAAAGAAUAAUAAACAAACCCAUAAAUACGUUAUAAACCGAUUCAGAACUGGUACUAAACGUAAAACCCUAACCUUAACCCAUAAUUUGAACUUUCGAAAAACGUGAACUAUAAUCUACUGUAAUCGAGUAUCGUAUCGAAAAACCAAAAAGUACUAGUUUAGUUCAAAUAAUAGUUGAACGAGCUGAGAAAAGCAAUUAUUAAAAAUUUAAUAUUAGCAUAAAAUCUGGAAAAAUGAAUUUUUAAACCAUUUGGCAUGAUUAAAAUGUAUGAAAAAAAAAACUAAGAGAAAACAGGGGCGUUCCAGGGGGGGGGGAUGUAUCAGUUUGAAAAAUUGCCGACUACAUGAAAAUGACGAAAAAAAAUAUAGUUGUAGUUGUAUAUAUUUAUACGUAAGAGUGAAAUACCAAUACAAAACAAAUGUACGUACUCAAAUAUUUUAUUAAAAUUGUAUUGUUAUCAUCAUUAUUAUUUAUGUGAAAACCAAAAACAUGAUACAUUGUCUUUAUUUUAUACAGGUAUGUAAUGUAUGUAAUUAGUAUUAUAAUUAUUAUUUGCAUGUUUUUUUUUAGAUAGUCCAAAAAGUAGCUAGACAAGCUACAAGUUUGAAUUAAGAUCAACAGAACUGAAAUACAGAAUUUUAUUUUGCAUAUUUAACUAUUUUUUAACGUGUAAUGCAUAUUUCUGUAUUUUACGAUUUUGCAUGCGCUCAAAACGAUCUUUGUGUAAUCAGCCGUCAACAGUACCUCUGAACCGGCCAUCGGCACGGCUGCCGGCGUGCGUAAUUAUUUUUAAAUCUUAAUGAAACCCAUCAAACCCAUCGAAAUAUCUAACGCUGUAGUAUAUUAUAUACCUUGAGAUUAUUUUGAGAUGUACUUUGAGAUUCAGUCAAAAAAAUGUUUAAGUAUAUUAUGUUUUAUUAUUAUUAUUAUCAAUGUUGUAUUUCAAAUUGGUAGGUAGCUAAAGAUUUCUAGGAAGAAACUUUUUUUCAAAGUCCCCCGCGACUAACUAAUCGCCGAAGUAAAUUUCAUAAAAGGCAAAGAAAUCCCUAUAUUCUGCAUUUGUUGCCUUAAAACAUUAAACACGUGUAAUAGGUGAAUAAUAAUUAUUACAAAUACUCACAGUCUUACACCACACUAUCGGAGUACUAAUAAAAAAUUAUGUCAUCGCGGCAAUCACCAACGUGCAAAUCACGGUUAUCUACACCGUGUAGAUAACCGCGGUACGAAAUAAAUUUACAACAUUAAAUAUUGAUAAAAGAUGCGCCGAAUCGUAACACAAGUCGAAAAACACACACACUCAUUCGCUUUUAGCCGCGUGUCUACAACGUUCGCGCGUCGUGUCGUUGUCGCGGUAACGCGGGUGUUUUCGGAACAUUUCAUCAUCUGAUCGAUCUAAACCGCACAGUGGCGUACCAUAAAUUAGAUUUCCAGUCGCUAUCUAGUGUAGACAACUCGUUAGUAAUAAGAAUAAUAAGUUUAUGUAUAUUACUAUUAUCUACGACCUCUACUCUGUGCGUCUACGGUCUACACAGUCUAUAAUAAUAAUACUAUAAACAGUACCUCCAACUCCCCAACAUCGGUGACGACGGUUUUAUAAAAUAAAAUAACAUUGACAUUUCGCCGACUAUUUCGAUGUUUUUUUCUACCGAAUGUACGAUUUGCCGAUUGACAAAAACAUCUUGGGGGGGAAGGGGUAGGCAACCGCCUGUUCGGAACGUCCCUGAGAGAGAAUAUGAUCGAACCCUAUAUUUUAGUAACGACGCGUAAAUUGUAUUAUUAUUUUUUUUAAAUUUCAAAUUUAAUCACGAUUGUUCUUUUUCAGGAAUAAUAUAUUCCGACCGUAGGUUUACAAUAAUAUAUCUUACUUUCAUUUGUGUACGUUAUUAAGGUGUUGUUUAUUUUGCAACGUCUCUAUUUUAUAUUAUAUUAUAUUUUUCUCUCGUUAUUUUUUCUGAAUUUGGUAUCACCGCAGCGCAUAUGUCGCACUGCAGUCAUACUGAUCUUUAUACUGUCAAUUUGUAUUCUACAAUAUGUGACGAAUGUAAAAUGUUCUAAAGAGAACGACGUAAUUUAACGGAUUUAAUCACCAUGGAAUAUUAGAAUAUUGACCGUAUAUUGCAGUGUUGCACCGAUAUAGCAUGUAAAGUUAUAUAGGCAUAAAUACGUUUUCAUCUUUAUACAGUAGCGUGGCGAGAAGGACACGCAAGGGCGCCCGCAAAAAUAAAACACCGGGGAGAGGGAAAGAAAAUUCAAAAUCGUAUCUAUUAUUUGAUGUAAAAAAAUAUAAUUUUGUCUUAACUACCGGGUUUAUAGCCAUUGCAGGAGGGGGGUGGGUGGAGGUUGUAUGAUCUCUCUUCGGUCGUAUUUUAAAAUAUUUUCAUUAUAAUCGUUUCAUUUUUAUCAUUUCAUGGUGUACCCCUAUUAUGGGUACACGUGUAUUGUCAGUUCAUUUUCAUGUUUCACAUUUAAAGUAAUUAAAUAGCUAAAAUUAAUUUUAAACGUAAUUAAAGAAAUUAACGUUAAAAGACAAACAUAUCAUUUUGGGUUCCCUCAGACCCCAUUGGGAAAUUAUGACUACUCCACUGUUUUUAUAUUACGAGGUGCCUUGUGCAUUAUAUUAUAAAAUAUAUAUUUGGUUUUAAUAUAUAAUUAAAUAAAAUAUGAAUCGUAAGUAUAAUUACAGAGUUUGACUGUAGCUUUAUUUUACACGAUCUUUCACGUUACAGUAAAACAGUAAAAACUUUUUGGAAUCAUUAUCAUAUUUUUUGUAUUUAUUUUUAAACAAAACAUUUAAAAACAAAAAUAAAUUUAAACUAAUACUUUAUUUUUCUUAUAGAACUUUUAGUAUUGUUAGGUUGCUAUUUGAAAAUUAAAAGUGAUUAUUGGUUUCAAUCUUCAAAUAUGAACUGAAUAUGAAUUACCCAAAUUUGGAUAAUGUAAAAUUUUUAUAGCACGUGUGCAACACAAGAUUACAGUUUUUAUAUAAGUAUUUUUUUGAGAUAGGUAUUUCAUUGAAAAUUUGAUUAAACAGAAAAUUCUGGCGAUCCUGUAUACAUCAUACGCAGUACACGUAGUAUAAGUACAAUCGGGUAUGAAUUUAAAAUUAAUUUUGUCUUAAAUAUAUUUCACGGUUAGGAAUUUCGGACAUUGUCUAUAAAUAAUAUCAGUGGCGUAACUAGGACCAUUUUUUGGGAAGUAAUAUAAAUAUUUGUUGAAAAUAUCAAGAUAUAUAAUAUCUAUAUAUAUAGAAUAUCAAAAUAUCAUAGUCAUUAUCACCGUGGUGAACUUUUUUUUACUAAUUAGGUGAACAAAUUCCGGGACAGACACCCACCUCUUAUAAAACAAAAUCGUAUUUUCUUAAAGGGGUUUAGGGAGCCUAGCACUAGCCUAUAUUUUUUUCAAACAACAUUUUGAUAAAAUGACGCGAGAGUCUCCUUCACAAUAUUAAAAUCGACUUAGUGAAAAAUAAUUGAUAAUAAUUUUGUUAUUAUUAUAAUCAGUACAUAUUUUGGAGACUAUACGCUCGGAAAAACUUGAAAUAUUAAAUAUUUCUGUUUGGUAAAAAUAGUUUUAUCCACACAAAAACUCAAAAUACAUGAAAAUAUCACGUAUAUAAAUAGCUUAACAUUGUCAGAAUUUUACCACGUCUAGAAACGGCUAAUAUAAGUAAACGGUGGAAAUUGUAUAUUUCUACAAUUAUUUUUAACCGAAUAAUAACAUAAACACAAAAUCGAAAAUAAUAAAACUGUUAACUUUCUCUUUUUUUCUGUGUGUUUACCUGUCAUUAAAAAAAUUACAAAGAAUAUCAAAAAAUGACCUCUUCAAUGCCCCGACUAGAUUUAAAAUGCAUGUACACUUAACGUUUAAUUCAAAUCAGAAAGCCGAUAGCCUACAAGUUAGAACUACGUCUUCUCUGCGUUUUAUAUUCAUGAAUAAAUGUUUUUUAUAGCAUUUUUCUUUUUUGUAAUAUUUUAUCGAAUUGUGUUUUUAAGCCGGCAAGACACACGAAAUUGGAAAAAGCAGACAUCCUGGAAAUGACGGUGCGGCACUUGCAAUCGUUGCACCAACAGAAGGGCGGUGGCGGCCGACACCAGACUACAGCGACGGCGGUGGCGACGGUCACUGGCGGUUCUGCGGUCGAUCCGUCGUCAUCGUCGUCGUCCGCGGCCCUGGCGGCGGCGGUCGUGCAAAAGUUCCAGACUGGUUACCAAGAGUGCGCGGGCGAGGUGAACCGGUUCGUCGGCCGGCUGGACGGCAUCGACGAAAACAUCAAAAAACGGCUGAUGUCGCAUUUGGACUCGUGCGUGGCCAAAAUGAGGUACGUCUCGGCUGUUUCCGGAACGACGGUGCCGCCCAUGUACGCAAACGAUUAUCAUCAGCCACAGCAGCCUUACGACCCGGCCGCCGCGGUGCACCUGAUGGCCGCAAACGGUCGGCUGCAGUCGCUCCAAGCCGCGGUUGGUGGCAACGACCCGUUGGCGAUCCCAGGGCCCGUACCACCGCCGCUACCAACCCCACCUCAUUUGCCGCCGUCCGUAGGGCUUUUCCGGGCGGCGAGCGCUUUCACCACGGUACACCAUAACCAAGGCCCGUCGUCGGCCAACGUCGAUCGGACGCCGUACAACGUGUACUGCGACGAACCGGCCGUGUCGUCGACCAGCUCGUGGGCCGAAGACGCGGCCGCCGCGACCGUCGCCGCAGCCGUAAAGAGUCCGCCGCUAGAUUUCUCAAUGAAAAAAAACACGGCGUCGUGCCCCAACAAAAGGCCUCUAGGCGACAUACCGGUAAACGUUCCUACGACGGCCCCGUCCGCCGCUAUUGCCGCCAUGACCGCCGCCACCUCGCACAAAACUGUUCCGGCGGCUACGCCCGGAAACGACAACGGUUCGGCGAUCCCGGUCCACAUUCCGCAAGCCGCCGCGGCCCCUCCUAGACCCCGGGACGGUCCCGGUUCGGACCCGAACAUGUGGAGACCUUGGUGACGUUCUGCACGUCGAUAACUGUGUUACUAAUUUUAACCGUUCGGAUAGACUAAAAUUAUUACUUAUUACGUCGAUUUAUUUCUUAGCCGACUCUUUUUUUUAUUACUUUAUUUAUUUUAAUAUUUUAUGUUACCAAAGAAUUUAUAGUUUUAUAAUAUAUUCUUAUUUACAACUUAUUUGUUUAACGAACGAUGUUAUGUAUUGUUUAACGCGCGUUCUUCCUUUUAGCACUUUAUUUUUUUCAUCAUAAUCUAAUAU